AUGAGAAGGCUUCAUUAUGAGAGGAUUACAAUGUUGUAUGGUAAGGCUGGGAUCAUAAAGCAUGCUCUUGACACUUCUUAUGAUAUGCAUUUGUAUGGAUGCAAGAGAACUGUUACGUCUUUCAAUGAUGCACUCAAGUGGAAUCUUAUCGUAUUUAAGGCCGGGUGCAAACCUAAUCUUACAACUUUUAAUGUCAGGAUUCAGUAUUUGCUUGAUAGGAGAAGGGUAUGGCAAGCUAAUGAUUUGAUGCCGAAAAUGGGGAUUGUCCCUGAUGAGAUUACAUACAAUUUGGUAACCAAGGGCUUCUGCCGGGCUGGUUAUCUUGAAAUGGCUAAAAGGGGAGUCACCGGAGUAAAUGGUGAAAUUACAGAGUGCUUCAGUGAACUCGGACUUAUGACGGAGGAACAGGAAAUGAGCAAGAAAAGAAAGAGCAAUCAGGAAUUUCAAGUUUCGAAAAGGUGCUACGAAUUCGAUGAAGAAGACAGCGAUUUACUGGCAUUAUCUUUGUCAUAUGGUCCAAGGGAGACCAAAGUUACAUUGUCAGAGCCACUCGCUCCGGCUCCACUAACGCUGCUGCUGCCACAGCAACAAGAACCCCAAGAAAUAGUUUCCCAAUCUUUGUCAAUGCAAACACUGCUUUCCCAACCACCGCCCCAAUUCCCUUUCCAGCUACCCGCCUCCCAUCCUCUUUACAAUAUUCCUUUUGGCUCAGAAGCCUCGUCUUCUGCCCCCCUCGUCUACCCACAAGAGCCCGUACCGUCGCCUGUCCCUGGCACAAGCCGGUCACGUCCUGUACGUGUUCGCAGGAACCCUACACAGGCCCUGAGAGAAGGGAAAAGCGAGACGGUUCCAGCGCCAUUUCCAUGGGCCACAACGCAUCGAGCCACGGUGCAUAGCGUCAACUAUUUGUUGUCAAAACAAAUAUACACAAUCAUCGGUGAUGUUCAAUGCAAGAGGUGUGAGCGACAGUACGAGAUUGGUUAUGAUCUGAGAGACAAGUUCGCUGAAGUUGGGACUUUUAUAGCGGAGAACAAGAAUGCCAUGCACGACAGGGCUCCACCUGUUUGGAUGAAUCCGGUGCUACCCAAAUGCAAGUUGUGUGAUCAGGAAAACAGUGUCAAGCCAGUGAUUUCCGAGAAUAAGAAAUCGAUCAACUGGCUCUUUUUGCUUCUUGGGCAAAUGCUGGGAUGCUGUACUCUUGAGCAGUUGAAGUAUUUUUGCAAGCACACCAACAAUCAUCGUACCGGGGCUAAAGAUCGUGUUCUUUACCUGACUUACCUUGGUCUUUGCAAACAACUAGAUCCUAAUGGCCCUUUUAGUAGAUGA